UGGAUUUAGUUAUUCUGUAGCCCCAUUGUAUUAUUUUUCCCUGCCACAUAGCUGUAUUCAAUUUUUAAUUUAAUAGUGUAAAAAUAUGUUUAACUAAUUAUUUGUAACUGUAUUUUAAAUUUGAUUAUAUAGUAAUCUGAGUAGGGAAACUACUAUGGGGGAUUUCAAAAAGCACAAAUGUUAUCAGACGAGAAGAAUCAUGCUCUCAGCUUCUCAUAGAUUACAUAGUCCACAUCUAAGUAUUGAAGAUAAUAAGAGGAUAUAUGGAAAAUGUAACCAUAUCAAUGGUCAUGGCCAUAAUUACAUUGUAAAAGUUACCCUUUAUGGAGAAAUCGACCCCAAAACUGGUAUGUUAAUGAACUUGGCCGAUUUAAAGGAAUAUAUGGAGGAAGCAAUAAUGGAGAAAAUGGACCAUAAAAAUCUAGACCAAGAUAUCGAAUACUUUAAAAACGUCCCUAGUACAACAGAAAACGUUGCAGUAUUCGUUUGGAAUCAAAUGAAGGACGUAAUGGACCACCCCGAAUGGCUGUACGAAGUUGAAAUCCAUGAAACAGAAAACAAUAUCGUCAAGUACAGAGGAGAUUAAACACGUUUUUUGUAUGUAUCUAUAAAAUAUAUUGCUAUUUA